CGCUAAUUAAAGAUGGAUCUUAGAUGGGUAUAUAAGCUGCCAAAAUAAACAUUGAAUUCAGUUUAAGUUUGAACCUUACUAAAGAACAACUAUGAGGGUCCUGGUACUUUGUGUCUUAGUUGGUGUAUUGCAUACUAGGGCUGCACCACUAUCUGACAUCGAUGAAAAACUGUCCUCGUACUACAAGCAAUGCUCCACUGAAUCCAAAGUUGACGAAAGUAUAGUCGAGAAAGCUAGAAAUGGAAUCUUUCAAGAAGAUCCAGCAUUCAAGGCUUACAUCUAUUGCUUGUCCCAGAAAAUAGGGUUACAAAAUCAAGAUGGUGAAGUCCAAACCGAAGUUUUCAAGAAGAAACUGGAGCCUGUUGUUGAGGAUAAAGUGGUUUUUGAUAAACUAGUGAAGGAAUGUACCGUGCCCAAGGAGAAUCCACAGGAAACGGCUUUCUUUGUGGUCAGAUGUGUGAAAGAAAUGUUUCCUAGUAUUGAAAUUUUUAAGGUAGCACCAUCGAUCCAAGAACAAAAAGAGAAAAUCUUAGCAUACCGUAAAGAAUGCAUAAACGAAUCAAAAGUAGAAGAGUCGUUAGUCCAAAGAGCUUUCAAAGGCAUCUAUUCGGAUGCACCUGAAUUGAAAAACUACAUGUUCUGCUUCUCCAAGAAAGUGGGUUUCCAAAACCAAGAGGGGGCUGUCCAGAGGGACGUGAUCGAGAAAAAACUCGGAUCAAUAGUUGAGGACAAAGAAGUAUUUGACAAAUUAAUCAAAGAUUGCGUUGUCCAAAAGGAGAGUCCCCAGGAGACCGCUUUCUUUAUCGCCAAAUGUAUGCGUGAAGUGUCUCCCAAUCUGCAACUCUUUAAGGUCGACAGCUUUCUUACCCAAGAACAAAAAGAACUUCGCACCAAAGUACUUAAAAAAUGCCAGGAGGAGACUAAAGUGCCCACUAAUGUACUAGAAAAUGCCCGGAAAGGAGAUUUCCAGGAGGAACCACUCUUAAAAGACUACUUCUUCUGUAUAAACAAACAAUCUAAUAAUCUCGACGAGUCCGGGUUUUAUAAGAUCGAUGUAGUUGCUGAAAAAAUGAAGAAAUUAUUUGGCCAAGAGAGGGGAGAUAAAAUUAUCCAGAAAUGUAUUAAAAACUUGGAAAAUCCAUUGACGACCAGCUUUGAAGCCCUGAAGUGUAUUUACUUUGAAGUUCCUGAAACAUCUUUAGCUUUUUAAGUUAAUAUUAAGAUAAGAUCCUAAAUGUGCCUUAUUGUAGGCUGAUAAUAAUUUAUUUUUAUUUAUUUAAUAAACAUGAGUUUAGUCUAA